CCAGCCUCACGCUUUAAUCGAUGAAAAUUUACAAGUGAUGGACUCUAAGGGAUGACUGUACACGGCUGAACCAAGUUGGAAUUAACCUUUGUGGACGAACCCGUUUGUUUUUGUGCCAGUGAAGGAUUUAUUCUGCUGUGAUAUAAAGUGCUGCUUUUACACAAUUUCUGGCCCCCCUGCCCCUCCAACAUCUUUGUCAAUCAGUUGUCACUUGACAGCAUGGGGAUGUUGCUGUUCUUUGCUGCGCUGCAGAUAGUGACAAUCGGCCUGGUGAGUGCUGGCUGCCCCAUAGUGUGCGAGUGUCCAGCCGGACCCCCAUCCUGUCCCCCGGGGGUCAGCUCAGUCCCGGAUGGCUGCGGCUGCUGCAAGGUGUGCGCCGCCCAGCUCAACCAGGACUGCCACGAAGGGCGGCCCUGCGACCACCACAAAGGCCUGGAGUGCAACUAUGGAAAUGAUGUCGGCCGCACCCAUGGCAUCUGCAGGGCAAAGGCAGAGGGCCGCUCUUGUGAAUACAAUGGGCGAAUUUAUCAAAAUGGCGAGAAUUUCCGCGCUGGCUGCAAGCACCAGUGCACCUGCAUUGACGGGGCAGUGGGCUGUGUGCCCCUUUGCCCCAGCCACAUUCCCCUGGCGUCGCCCGCCUGCCCUGCCCCGCGGCUGGUCAAGGUGCCCGGCCAGUGCUGCCUCAGCAUCGACUGCCACAAGGGCACCACGGUCGUGCCCCCGGUGCAUCGUCGCCCCCAGCCUCCCGCCUACCCUCCCUACCCCUUCAUGCCCUACCACCCGGCCUACCCGUACCCAAAGCCUUAUCCGAAGCCUUACCCAAAGCCGUACCCCUACAAACCCAAGAAGGAGAAGCACACUCUGGGCAACGAGCUGGUGGAUGUGGGGCGGAAGUGGGACAAGCCACGUGGACACAAGCACCUGGCGGCAUGGAGGCAGGUGGGAGAUCAGUGUGUGGUUCAGACCACUUCCUGGUCCCAGUGUUCUCGGAGCUGUGGGAUGGGUGUGUCUUCUCGUGUUACCAAUGACAAUGCCCAAUGUAAGCUGGUGAAGGAGACCCGCCUCUGCAACAUCCGGCCCUGUAGCUCCAUGUCUAUCCCUAUCAAGAAAGGAAGGAAGUGCUCUCGUACCCAUAAGGCUCCCGAGCCUCACCGUCUGUCCUACGCUGGCUGCAGGAGCACCCGUCUCUACAGGCCCAACUACUGCGGCGUAUGCCGGGAUGGCCGCUGCUGCUCACCCCGUCGCACACGGACCGCCACCGUGACCUUUGCCUGCCCCGACGGCGAGCGCUUCGAGAGGUCCGUGAUGUUCAUCCAGUCUUGCAAGUGCAGCGAUGAGUGCAACCAUCUCAACGAGGCUGCGAUGCCUCCGCAGCGAUGGCUGUACGGGGACACGCACAAGUUCAUCGACUAGUGGCGCCCUCCCCCAGCCUACAUUCCCUCACAUACUCCCAAAGACAUUAACUAUCCCCCUAGCCAACCCCAUCAUAGAAUAGCUGUCCUUAGUGUAUCUACGAGUAGACACGAGCAAGGUGCACACGUCAACAACACCCUUCCUGGAGAAUUAUUUGAGGGGAAUGGUGAGAAGAAAUCAGACAGGUGUAUCUACAACCCGGACAGAGAGAAGUGACCAGCCCCUGCUUUAGUGUAGAUAACUGUUUCUACAGUACAUUUAUGGAAAAAAACAUGGAUCUGUCGCAGCCAGCUGCCAUGUUGCUGCCAUACACCAUAUGUCCCUGAACUCUGAACACUGACUGAAUUCGGUGGGGACAAUGGAGAGAGAGAGAGAGAGCUGAUACAAACAAACAUCACUCUUGUUGAUUUCAUUUGUUGAUGGUGUGGAUCCACAUCAAAGUAAAAGGUCCGACUGGCUAAUUGAGAGCUGGUCUGAUGAUUUGGAGUCAGAAAUGAAACCAACUGGAAUCAUCCUUCCGUUUACUCUCCAUUAUUUGAGCAUUGAUAAACCAAAGGAAGACUCAUGGAGAAGACUUGACAGAGAUGAGUGGAGAGGUGAUAGAAGAAGAUGGAGGAGCAUCUCUCAGAUGUUCUGACCAAAGGGGAGGGGUUGUUUCUUCUAAUGGUAUUUAUUCAUUAGUAUUUAUUGAUAAUGGAGUGGCUGCCAACAGGAGAGAUGGUGCCGCUAUGUUUGAGGCAGCAGUGUGGCUGGAUGGGGAUUGGAAAGGGACAAAACAGCUUAGAGCUGUCAGCAAUGAGACGGAGAGGAGAACUCCCAUGGGGCUUGACCCUCGGGUCAUAUCAGAGGUCACAGUAGUCAGACAGCCACAUCCAAUGAUGGAUAAUGAAAGCAGCAGCUUUGGGGGAGAAGAGAAAAGGCGUGAUGUAUCGGAAAAGGACAGACUUGAACCUGGCGGGUUGAGGCUUUGUAUGCGGUAGUGGGUAAAAUGUCAGAGGUUGUUUGCACAGCUGGACUCAUCCCCUGCUUUGACUCCACAAAAAAGUGAGACAUUUACCAAGCACCAGAAGAACAAGCCUGGGAUUCUGGCGUCGAGAAGUCGACCGGCUAAUUCUGUGCAAAUUACAAUCCUGACUCUGACGGGGUAGCGAGAGAAAAUCAGAAAGUCUCUGGUUUGCUAUAAAAAUAAAAUUUGGAAAACUGUGUGCUGAGGUAAACAUGUAAUUUGUGACUCGCGGGUGGAACUGUUCCUGGUACCCAAUCUGGCCUGUAAUCUAGCAGCAGCUGAUGCAUGCUAACUCACUGAAACAAAACUCUCACUUAUGUCUAUUCAUGUUUAUGUGGUGUCUAUUUCUGAGCAGCGCCGUCGACGGCUGUGUUGUCGAUGACAUCACCGUCAUUUAAAAGGGACGGGGGAGAGCUUGCAGAGGACUGGGUCAGGGGUGGAGUUCCUACCACAGAGGUCAUUAAUGGCCUUCUUUCUAAGGACACAGAACAGUGGCCUGUUAUAGCUCCUCAUGUGUACCAGCAUGUUUGAAGGAGAGGAAUUCUUUAUAAUUAAUCAAUAGCUGGUGUGACCUAGACCCUUUUUCUAUGACUGAAGAACCCAAGCAUCUUCCGUUCUGGGAUUUGGGUUCAAAUUCAUGCACCUUAGAGCAGCCUUUAUUCAUAACCUCAUCUCUACAUGGAGAUGCAUUGACAAAUCCUUAAAAACUUAUUUUAUCUCUUUUACUGAGUGAAAGGUUUUCAAUGGUGAUGCAAAAGUAUUUUAAGUGCCAUUUUUACAUUUCAAGAUUUUUUUUUUUGUUCUCUCGUGCCAUAAAUGAUAGGGUUUAAAGGUUUUUUUUGUUGUUGUUUUUCUAUGAAAUGAAAACAUUUUCUUCAAACUUUGCCACAAUAGGCUUUCUUAGCUAGGAAACUGCUGCUUCCAAACCUCACAACCUUUUUCUGGGGCUUUACCCUUUUAGAAAAAGAAGAAAAAUGUGUUAAUGAUAACUGUUUACUAUGUCGCCAUUGCCUAUUUGCCUAUGUAGAUGCUGUGGUUUUGGUAAAAUGUCUGUAGUAUUGUUACAAGACACUAUAGAGCAGCUAUGUACAGAAGCCUUGUUAUUUUGUGUUUAGAGUUUUAUCUGCUGUAUAAGGGCCAAUCCAUUUACUGAGUAAUACUGAACUAGUCCACGUAUAGCUAGCACUGAGCUUGUGUUCAGACUUUUUGUGAGCAUUAAGUGCCAUAUUGAGAGCAUGAUGGUGACCAUUUAUGUCCAUUAGUGUACAAAUUUCUGAUGCCAUCUGUAAUUAAGUCAUGCAUUUUUACAUCACCUGCUUAAAACCAAACAGCACCGCAAGUCUGGACUUCAAAUCUGGUUGUCAAACCAUAUGAUUCUCAAAUGAUUUCAUCAUUCUGCCUUCUGAAUAAAGAAUUUGUUUCACUCCUACACCUGGUGUCAAGAA